AUGGCCAAAUAUAUUGCUCAAAUAAUCGUUUUGGGUGCCCAAGUGGUCGGAAAAGCUUUCGCUCGAGCUUUGAAACAAGAAAUAGCUGCAUCACAAGAAGCAGCAAAAAGAGCUGGUGGUGGACCUCAGGGCGCUAGACGGGCAGCAGCUAACGCUUCAUCAGGCCUCACAUUAGAGGAAGCAAUGCAAAUUCUAAACUUAGAAAAAAUAGACGCAGAGAAACUCAAUAAAAAUUUCGAUCAUUUGUUCAGUGUUAAUGAUAAGGCAAAAGGUGGAUCAUUUUAUUUGCAAUCUAAAAUAGUCCGAGCAAAAGAAAGAUUAGACACAGAAAUUAAACUUAAACAACCUCCAGAUAACGAAAAUACAACAAAGCCGUCAUGA